CUACCGAUUCAGCUUAGUAUAUCGCCCGUGCGAUAGUGUGCCGCAUGCUCUUAACUUAUUUCCCCGCGAUGACCUCCUUACAAUCGUAACCCACGGUUUUGUGUGUCGGCUACUUUUUGCGGAUGUUCACCGGACGAAGAUGAGACGACAACUUAAUAGCACGUCCGGAUAUCAAGUGUUACGACUUUCAAAUUUUUAAAAUCAUUCAAUGGAAAAUGGACAUGAAGACGUGUUCAACUAUAUGUAACAAACAUUGUGAAUGUUAAUAUUUAGGUGACCGUUACUAGUAAUGCUUUGACAAUGGCAACAAAAAAUCCAAAUACUAACUUGACGUGUGGAGUUAGAAGAUUGAGACAAAGCCAAAGAUGGCUCAACAAUGGACAUACAAGUGUUAUUUUAGUUCUAGUAAUAAGUGUGAGUUUAGUCAAUUGUAAUAUUAAUAGAACAGAUGAUGAAGUUAACAGAAUAAACAGCGAAAUACCUAAGAGACUACAGUUAGUAGAAGCAAUAUCAGGCAGAGGAUUUAUUGGUAAUCUUUACGAAAAUGGAACAUUCAGGACUGGAAAUAAUUUAUGGGACAACAUUUUGAAUAAGUGCACCUUAAAGCCCUCAGUGUCUUGUUUACAAAAAAACUUUUAUUCGUAUUUAGAUGAAAGUUUAGAUUUUAGUGAUGACGUAAAUGUGACAAGUGCUGUGUGUUUUAAAAAGAAUAAUGUUGAUAUGAAGAAAUAUAGCAAAGAAGCCAACAUAAUCUACCUCACUGGAAGUAAAGAUAAGGAUAAUGAUAGAGCUUUCGACGCAGAAAAUGAAAUUGAAGAUGAUGAGGAAUCUGAAACACCCCUAGAAGAAGUAACUGAUGCUCUAUACAAAAAAGGCGUCAAUUUCCUGAUGACACAUGACAUGAAGGUAACUCUUCCUGAGGUUAUGUUCCAUGGAGCCUCGUUGAAGAUCUCACCCAGAGCUCUCACAAAGUCGGGUGCUCUAAUCCACGUGGAUCUUGAAUCAAAGGAAACUCAGAGUGUUGGGAGAUUCUUUCAUAAAAUAAAGAAAUAUAUCAAGAAAAAGCUUGUGAUGGCGGCAUUGGCUAUUAUCCUAGUGGUGAAACUGAUAGCAUUGAAACUUAUAUUUGUGCUGCCAGUAAUUCUGGGUGUCACCACAGCUAAGAAAAUGUUCUUGAAGUUGCUUCUGUUUAUAUUCCCCGCGUUGAGUCAUAUCUUCAAGCUAUGCUCGUGGUAUCACCAGAAUUAUCAUACGACGAAAUUCCACCACCAUCAUCAUUUGAUAACUCAUCAUCACAAGCCGACUCAUUAUCAUCAUCCACCACCUCCGGUGUACGGCCCUCCCCAUGGGGCUGUUAUCGUGAAACCCCAUGUGGAAUCCCAUGGACCGUCGUUUGAACACUAUCCUCAAGAUUGGGAGCUUUCUGGUCCGGGACUGGGAAAUGAAUACCUGUCGGAUAUAAACAGAAAUGCAAUCGCCAACUUUAAGCCUCACGCAAAUGACGCCAACGAUAUCAACUCAUGGGGUCUUGGACUACCUCCAGGACCCGGACCACUCAAUGUCGGGGAGUACCCAGCCAGCAGUAACGUGGCGUCAGUAACAGCUUCACCUGCAUCUCCAAACAUAAUCUCCAAUAAUGCUGGAAGACCGAUGGGACCUGUUCAACAAAACCCGUAUUACAGAAACAAGAAGACGACAGUAAGAGAUCCCUCACUAGCAGAGAAAGAAGCCUUGAUUCGAGCCGCGGCCCUCGCAGCCAACGCUCCACCUUCGCCAGUAAGGGACGAACUUCUGAGAGUAUCCGCUGCCAGACUCACAGAGAACAACCGAGUGAGGACUGAAACCGAGCUUGUCAGGCAGCAGCAGGAAAUACUGGCAGCACAGGAUCCGGAUACGAUAGCUGCAGAAAAAUUCUAUGGAUCCCUGCUGGACAAAGUAGAUACUAUAUUAAAUCCUUUGGGAGCAAUCGAGAGCGGAUGUAAGGAACGAGCCAUUUGUUCCUUGUACAGGGACCCUUUCAACCAUGCGCCAUACAGCAAUCUAGUCUCUAAUGAACUUAGCAAGGAUUCCAGUGAACUCCUACCACCAGCUGACAGCAAGAUGGCUCUCAACUACUAUAGAUAUGUUCAAGCGGCUCGCGACGGCCAGGAACAGAAAGACUGUCUCUCUUUAUACCCCAACUGUAACAUAGACUAUAAUAAGAAAUAACGCCUUUGAAUCUAGAUUGGUUAGUUCGAAUUGUGCUAUAGGUAUACCACAAUAACAAUAAUUGGAACAUAAGUCAUGAGUAAGCGGUAAUUUAGAAGUGUCGCUAAUGUUCCAAAAGUCAUUCUAAAACUUCCAUUUUGUUUCUAAAAUAAAGAACUAACAAACUGUUAUUUGUCUCCUUCCCUCUUGUGCAUUUACCAGAUCAUGUCUCGCACUCUCGCAUUUCGAAUCGGUUACUGCAGAGCUCUGGAACAUUCGCGUGGCCAUUUUAGAAAUUCUCGAUUACGUUUAUUACAGGGAGCGCUCUCCAAGGUACCUUAGCUUGCUGUAACUACUGAUUUCCAUGCUGUUUUGUAAUAGCCUAAAAACAUGGUUGGAUUUGGUACGGCUGGACCAUUGGAAAAUCCGGUGGGAGCCUCGCACCAAAUGCGAUCAUGUGUUUAGUCUUCAUCAGUUUGACAAUUCCUAAAGCUGUAAGAAUGGGAAGUGCUUUUUGUUAUUAGUAAAAUUUUGUUAUUUAUUUAAGUUAAUUAAAAUUAUAAUGCAUUUAUUUAAAUUAUUGUAGCACUAAGUUAUUUAUUUGGUAGCGGUAUGGUCAUUGUUUAUAUUGGAUAAUAAUUAGAAGACUUAUAAAAACUUAGAUACAAUACAAUAACAGUAUUUUAAUAAGGUGAAUCUUUGUUUAUAAAUUAUAUAUUAUUAUCUAUAAUAAUGUCUAUUACACGAAAUGAUUUUAGUCAAUGUUCAAGGACAAAAUACAAUCGCUCGAUAAAAUAUCAUAUGAUGGACUACGUUACUUUUAAUACGUUGUUUCAAAAUUGCAAGACGUUUUUUCUUUUUUUUUUUAACCAAAUUUAACGUAUGAGUAAUUUGUCACAUCACUUUUCAUGAUUGGAUAUAUAUUUUGUAAAAUGUUAAAGCGGUAAAUCAUUUUUUUUUAAUUACUGUCAUCGGUCGUCGAUAAAUUUUCAAAGUUUGAACGAAAUCUGGCCGUUUAAAGUGGGUCAAAAUCGCUCCCAAAUGUGUCGGUUACAAACAAACAUUCAUAUAGGUGAAGCUAAUAAAAAGCAUUUAAAGAAGAUAGAUUAAAUAAUAAUGUAUCUUACAUUAAUUAAUUAGCUUACUGUAAACAUUGAAAAAGCCAGUCCUGGUUAUUAGGACAUUGGGUGUUUUAAUGUUGGCAAAAUGCUAACAAUUUUAUCUACACCCAUGCUUAAAAUCCUCUAUUUAAGAUUCUGAUACAGUUAGCUUAUUGCCAACAUUGAAACACCCAAUGUCCUAAUAACCAUUACAUCAUCCAAACGAGUGUUGUAAUGUUGUACUGAAUUUCAUAACAACACUCCUUUGGUUUUUUUUCGAUCCCUUCAUGCGCAGAGUUUCAACAGACAGCCACAUUCUUAUUGCUUGAUGCGUGGUAUCUGUAUGAAUUUCAAAAAAAGAACAUUUUCGUUUACGCGCGUUCCACACUACCAGAACAUCGCACGCCGUAAAAAAAAAAAGUAGGUGAUUCGAAUCACCGCCAUUUUUUUUUCGAUAUUUUUAUUGUUUUGUACAACCUUGUUAUUGUGUGAUACUGCACACCGCCAGUUAUUUUAAACGCUGCAAAAGAACAUAGUAUUCAAGUGAACUUUAAUAAUUGCACUACACAAAAUGUUAAUUAGUACUGAAAUAAAUAAUUCUUUCAUUAAUACUUAAUUUAUUUGUAUAUAAUCAGUAAUGGAUGAUAUUAGGUUACUACUGGGACUGGCUGUUUUAAUGUAAGCAAUAAACUGUUUCAGAAUAUUUUAGAGGAUUCAUAUUCUGGGUGUAGAUAAAGUCUUGUAUGCAACUGUUGAUAAUGAGGUAUUAAAACACUCAUGUGAUACUAUUAUCAUAAACACACAUUCGUGUUUUAUUACCCCUUAUUACACAACAUUUGCAUAAAUAACUAUUAGAAUCUUUAAUAGAGGAUUUACUGCAUAGGUGUAGAUAAAAAAUAUUACGGUUUUGAACUAUAUCAGUUACUAACAACGGGGUUUUUAACUUUAUUUUGGUACUUUUGAGUUUUCAGAUAUUUUAACGUUGUUUCAAAGGUUUUGAUCACGUGGUGACUGAAACCAUUGUUCUAAUCAUUAAUCACAAUAUAGAGUAAGCAUUUGUAAGUCAAGUCAAUAGGGCCGUAGGUAUUUAUUAUUUAGAUUAUAAUAAAGGGCUCAAAUUAUUUAUUAACUUCCGAUAUUUAUUAUAUUAUAUUUUUGUUUAACUAUUUGUUUAGGUAGUAUGUAAAAUAUACAUGAUAUUAUGUAAAAUAUUAUAAGUAUAAGCCUCUGAGGACUAUGUUAUGACAGACUGAAGAACUCUUGCACAGUUUGCGGCCUUCUCAAAUUAGCCAGUGGGAGGAUCCCUUGCACAGGAUUCCGGCUAGAAUAUGAGUAUCACAACGGCGUGAAGCAGUUAUGUGUAAGCAUUACUGUGUUUCGGUUUGAAGGGCGCAGUAGCUAGUGAAAUUACCCGGCAAUAAUUAAUAAUUACUAUUCAACAGUCAACGUUUAAAUAAAACACUUCUUAAUGGAUUAAAACGCGUAUAUUUUAACAUUAGAUUUUGCGUAAAAGUUACAUUUUUAUUAUUAUUUUAGGUAACUCGACGUUUCCUGAUCUUUCCAGAGCAUUUUCAGGGGCCAUGACAACGUGCUCUGAAAAGGUCACGUAACGUCGUGCAUAAAAAGUGUUAUUUUUAUCACUCGCGUUAAUUUCAGAAAAUACUAUGUGCAUCAGUCAAAGGUUUAUCAAUCCGAAAUAUAUUGCAUUGUUAUAAAUUUCUAUGUUUUUAUUGUUUUAAUAAGUAAUAAAUAACUAAAUAUAG